GUUCAUGGAUUAAAAUCGAUAUCAGCAAGUGGUACGAAAAGCUUUGUGCGGUUCAAGGCUGCCGACAGACUGCAAUACGCUCGAGAUGUGUAAAGGUUAUCAAAUGGAUUCCAAAGUGAUUGGGACAUACAUAUAUAAGAUUAUAAAUUCAUUUAUAGCCUUAUAAAACGUGACACUUUUAAUCAUGGCUUAUCAAGAAUCUUAUCAGAAUAAAUUUAAUGGGCAAAUAUAUAGACGAGAACUGUACUCUUGAACCAGUAUCACGAAGUUGAACGCAGGAUGAACUUCGGAUCUCUUAUCAGAGUCGCUAAUUGGGAGGUGAGAACAUGACAGUGAAGCGUGACAGCGUCUCGGGCGAGAGCAUUCUAUGGCUGCAGUAUGUCGGAAGCUUGGGAGCCGCAUUACUGCUCUUCAUGACCGGUAUGUCGGGAGGAUGGACAUCGCCAUUCAUAGCCAAACUGACAGCAGAGAACUCGCCACUUCCGAUCACUUUGGACGAAGCUUCGUGGGUGGCGUCGAUGCUGAACCUUGGACGAGUCGUAGGCGCGGUACCCGGACCAAUAAGCGUUUAUUACUUCGGGAGUAAAAGAACGAUGGUUUUCAAUGGGAUUCCUUUCGUGGUCGGCUGGGUGUCCAUGAUCGUAGCUCGAUCCGUGGACUGGCUGUACGUGGGAAGAUUUAUCAUUGGACUGAGUAUUGGGAUGUGCUACAGCAGUUUUCCACUAUAUCUUGGAGAAAUAUCGAGUCCGGCGAUUCGAGGUGCGUUGGUAACCCUCGCGAGCAUCGGACUGCCUGUGGGUGUGUUGACUGGAAAUACGAUCGGAGCCUACGUCUCGAUGUCGGUGUUUGCCUGGAUAAGUCUCGUCCCAAACAUCAUUUUUGUCGUACUUUUUAUCUGGCUUCCCGAGUCGCCGUAUCACCUCGUUCGCACAAACAAGAUAGAAGAGGCCAAAGUGUCGUUAGCAAGGUACAACCCAGGGCUGGAUGUCAACGUUGAGGUGAAGUCCAUUCAGAGUUUCAUCAGCGAGUCGCGAUCAGUAACACUUGCCGACAAAUUUCGCGAGCUGAAUAUACCGCAGAACCGAAGAGCCGGAAUCAUCGUCACUCUGCUUUACUUUUUCAUGCAAUUCAGCGGAAUGAGCAGCUUUAUCUUCUAUUUGGAGAUCAUCCUUGCAAACGGUGGUUUGACUGUCAUUCCACCAGCUGCAAUGGUCAUAGUAGCCAGUUUGGCUGGAAUUCUUGCUGGAUUCGCGACAAUUUAUUUAGCCGAUAAAUGCGGGCGAAGAACGUUACUGAUCGUCUCGAGUGCCGGGACCGCAGCAUCUAUGUUCGCUCUGGGAGUGCAUUAUAUUCUUUUGUCCGACAACUUCGAUCCUGCCAGUCUGCAGUGGCUUUUGAUACUCUCGGUUAUUUUUUACGAGGUGUUUCUGUACAUCGGACUCUGCCCUGUACCCAACACCGUACUCAGCGAAUUGUUUGCUCCGAAUAUAAAAAGCAUGGUUGCAUGUUUAUCCGGGGUUUCACUCAGCUUGUUCUCGUUCGUAUCCAGCAAGACUUAUCAAUCGUUGUUGGAGCUGACGAGCGAGGCUUGCGUCUUUUUUCUUUAUGGUGCUGUGGCAGUAGCUUCAAUGAUAUUCGGCCUGACUGUUAUGCCCGAAACAAAAGGCAAAUCACUUCAAGAGAUACAAAAUGCCUUGCACAAAAAAUAAACGUAUGUAGAAUAAUUAAUCUGAUAAAAUUUAAGUCCACUAGUCAAUUAGCAGAGAUUACGCGGGAAAAAACUGGGGCGCCAUUUUUUGUUUUGAGUUAAGAAAAAAGGAGUUGAGCUUGGUUACGUGAGGGCUGAACUUGAAAGCUUAUGAUUUCUACCCCACAAGCUAAAGACAAAGAUUAGCCAACCACAUCAUCGUUAGCCAGAGACAAACGUUUCCGCUUCUGGAACCCUGCCAUAAUAGAGUCGGUAAUUUGCGCUACACGGACAGGUAAGCGCGUUUUGCAUACCGAAAAGAAGCGGAAAAUGGUGAGCAGGGCUGCUAGACUAACCCAAAAACAUUCGUCAAGCCCAAUGAAUUUUUCUGGUUUAACGACAUAGUUCAAACUGUUUUUAGACGUGACACAUUAUUUUAUGCCACUUGCAGAAUUCAGCUGGCGUUCUGUUUAGACGAUAACUUUUUUACCAGAUCCAUAGCAAUAUAGUAUAUACACUUCGCGAUUCUUGU